CCAAGCACAGAAUCGAUGCUGGUUUUUAGUCCUCAGGAUUUUUUAUCGUAAUAAAACCAUCUAAAAGAUGCAAUCAAUUCUGGGGCUCCGUACGGCCCUCAGAUCAUCAAUAGUCAGAAGUGUCCAUACCGGCUUUGCGAGGCGUUCUGCAGCAUACGAAGGAGAUGGCAAAACUUCGGUCUCGAUCCUGAAUCAGGAAGCGGAAUCCGGCUUACUGAUCAACUCGUACAGCCAGCUUGGCUUCCGGUUAAGCAAUGACAUGAAGGUGAUCGGUCCAAUGGCUAUUUUCCCCCGAUCGGUCCUCUCGUGGAACGUCGAAACCCACGAAGAUAUCAAUGAGGCAAGUUUGAGUCUUUUCACGGCGCUGGAACCGAAAAUCGACAUUCUGGUCGUGGGAAUCGGCGACCAGCAGACGACUCCAGCCUUCACUAGGAAGCUUAUCGAAUUCAUGCGGAAGUAUAGGAUAAACGUAGAGGUUCUGAAUACGGAACAAGCGUGCGCAACAUUUAAUUUUCUGAAUGCGGAAGGGCGUGUAGUGGCGGCGGCGCUGAUUCCUCCUGUGUCGUUGCGGUACAACGAGGACGACAUGAUGCGUACGCACAUAGCUUCAAGUAGGCCUUUCGAGUUAGAUGAAAAGUAGGACAACAAAUUGACUCAACUCUGUACAUUUGUACAUUACUUCUGU